UGUUCCUUCCUGUUGCGGAUUGUGGGAACGGAACCUCUCGACAUCACGUUGUUACAAUGUGUUCCCUCGGUAGCAGUAUGGCUGCUUCUAGCAAGAGAAAACUUGCCCAACUGAGUGUUGAAGAGUUUUUAACCUCCACGUUUGACACAGAUAGUAACAGCAGUUUGGAGGACGAUGACUCUGCAGUCACCCACGUGAAGAAAGGCGGCAAACGAGAAAUCCAGGUCGGAAAGAGAAAGGAAGAACCAGAAUUGGAACGGCAGGGAAAAAAGAAGGCAAAGCGAAAAGGCUCCGUCCAAGAACACAAAGAGCAGCUCUCGCGCUUAAAGGAGAAGGACCCAGAGUUUUUCGAGUUCCUGGAGAAAAACGACCAGAAGUUGCUGAAUUUUGAUGACACCGACAGUUCGGAAGAUGAAGAAAAUGCGCUGCACACACUGCCAGAGGAACUCGAGUUGGCCAGCGAUGAUGAUGAUGAUGAUGAAGAGCAGCCGACAAAACGGAGCAAAGCAGGGGACUUAAUAACAGUGACUGCCCGUAUGGUAGAGAAUUGGAAAGCUGCAGCGGAGGACAAGUUGACCUUCAGGCUGUUGCAUGACAUCGUGAUGGCGUUUAAAGCUGCUGUUUCCACCACGAAAGGAGGAGAUGCUGGUGGGGAACCCGGCAAAUACAAAGUUGAAGACAGUUUGGUCUUCAACAGCCUGGUGUCAUUCUGUAUCCGCGAUCUCCUCUUAGCCAUGCAGAAGCUCCUUCAAUUAAAACCAGCUGGAGACCGGAAAAAGUUGUUACUACCCUCCAGCAGCCCCCGAUGGCCCAAGAUCCGACAGGAUGUCAGUACCUACUUGACCAGUCUUAUUCAGCUCCUAGCGAGUUUGACCGAGGCUACAGUUGUUCAUGCUGUCCUACAGCAUGUGCUUCAUUUAGUGUCCUACUACAUGUGUUUCCCCAAGCAUUGCCGACUGCUUCUGAAGCAAACUAUAAACCAGUGGAGCACAGGGGAAGAGACGGUGAGAGUUCUGGCGUUCCUAAUUCUUAACAAAAUAUGCAGACACAAGCAAGAUGUGUAUCUGAACCUAGUGCUCAAGCAAAUGUAUGUUGCCUACGUGAAGAACUGCAAAUUCACAUCCCCAAACGUGCUUCCCCUCAUUAACUUCAUGCAGCGCACUUUGACUGAGAUGUACGCAUUAGACAGCCUGGUGACAUAUCAGCAUGCCUUCAUUUACAUCCGGCAACUGGCUGUCCAUCUCCGGAAUGCGAUGACUAUGAAGAAAAAGGAGACCUAUCAGUCAGUUUACAACUGGCAGUUCAUUCAUUGCUUGUACCUUUGGUGUCGGAUGUUAAGUACCGUUUAUCCCAAUGAAGUAUUGGAGCCACUUAUUUAUCCACUGACUCAAGUUGCCAUUGGCUGUAUCAAAUUGGUGCCCACAGCCCGUUACUACCCUCUGCGAUUACACUGUGUCCGAGCACUGACGCUACUUUCUGACUGCACCGGGACGUUUAUUCCAGUGAUGCCUUUCAUUCUGGAAGUUUUCCAACAGGUUGAUUUUAACAAGAAGCCUGGCCGGAUGAGUGUUCGACCAAUCAACUACGCUGUAAUUCUGAAGUUAUCAACCGCAAAUUUACAAGAGAAAGCUUUCAGGGAUGGUUUGAUAGAACAGCUGUAUGACCUGAUUCUGGAGUAUUUUCAUACGCAGGCACAUACCAUCGGUUUUCCAGAACUAUUAUUGCCUGUUGUCAUUCAGUUGAAAGCUUUUCUCAAGGAAUGCAAAGUGGCCAAUUACUGUAAACAGAUCAAACAACUGCUGGAAAAACUGCAGGAAAACUCCAGCUACAUCACCAGCAGGCGACAAAAAGCCGCGUUUGGCGUGGCUGAUAAAGAGGCUGUGGCUAUGUGGGAGAAAACGCUGAAAGACGAGGGUACACCACUGCACAAGUACUACAGCAGCUGGAAGAAACUGAGAGAGAAGGAGAUUGCACUGGAGAUCACUGGCAAGGAGAGGCUGGAAGACCUGAAUUUCCCCGAGAUCAAACGCAGGAAGAUGCAGGAGAGCAAAGAGAAAGACAAGAAAGAGUUCAAGGAUCUCUUUGAAUCUAACAGUGACUCUGAUGAUGAAAGCAGUGGGCUUAAAUCUAAAGGAGAAUCAAAGAAGGGUGACGAAGACUUCCUGGAGGAUCUGUCUGACAUGAGCAGUGAAGAUGAAGAGGGAGAUGAUGAUGGUGAUGAUGACGAGUUGUCUUCUGAAGGUGAAUUAGAAGAUGGUUCUCCACAAACCAGUAGCAAAGCUCCAAAGAAAUUGUCACAGGCUGACUUGAAGGCACUCACAGAAGGAGAUGAAGAUAUUGUCGAAGAUUUGGAGUUCUCUGAUGAAGACUGAUGGAAUAGGUGUAUGUGAAUCCUGGCUUUGGCGGAAAUUCUAUGCUUGGUGUUGUUGUCACAAGUAGUGUUUGGAUGCCUCUGAACUGCCCAGUCUUAAAAGGAGCAAAAGACUCAAUGUGCAAGGAAUCCAUUUAUAUCAAACUUGAAAAGUCAUCGACAGAUGAAAUGGUGAAAAUGAUCGUCUGCCUAAAUUAUCUUCAACCAUUUGUAUCCCUUAGACUUUCACAUGUAGAUUAACCUUUAACUUUUUGAUGCUUCACAAGAGUUACAUCAAUAACAACCCAGUACAGAAAUUGAUCAAGUCUGUAGCCACUGGAAUUGUGCUCCACUGGACCAGGAACAAUGAGCAUGGAUCCACAGGAAGUUGCCCUUUGAAAAGGCUGCGGCACAUUGGGAAAAAUCUGUACAGCUAGCCCUGAUCCACAAUUUCCAAACUUUUGUUUGUAAUUUUAUUUCGUCAUUGUCAGACUGAGCCCUGUGCUUCCUUACUCUGUGUCAUUUCCCAACAGUCUAUAGUUAUUUUAUUUUGAAAUAAAAGCAUUGGCGGAGCUGUUUUGUAUCAUU